CCCCUCGUUCGGCUCCAGUCCACGUCGGCUCCGCCCCCUCCCCUGCCCAUGGUACAAAUAAAAGAAGAAAGAAAGCGAGAAGAAAUAAAACUCUGCCCUCUCUCGACCCACUUUCUCUCUCUGGGUUCUUCCCCGCGAGCUCGGAAACCUUACGAUCGAUCUCCAUCGGGGACCGGAUCUGGAUCUUUGGUUGUGGUUCGAUCGAUUCUUUGACGGACUGGUCUCGUGUCGGCGUGAUCCGAUCUUUUGUUUGCUGGAUCGUGAUCGGAUUGGUGGGGGGUUGGAGAAGAAUUUUGGUUUGGAUCGGAUCGGAGGGGAGGCGGCCGCCUGUGGCAGCGCCGGCGGAUGGCGCUGUUCAGGAGGCUGUUCUACCGCAAGCCGCCGGACAGGCUGCUGGAGAUCUCCGAGAGAGUUUACGUGUUUGACUGUUGCUUCUCGACCGAGGUCUUGGAAGAGGAUGAAUACAGGGAUUACAUGGGUAGUAUCGUUGCUCAACUGCAGGACUAUUUUCCAGAUGCCUCAUUCAUGGUAUUCAACUUUAGAGAAGGAGAUAGGAGGAGCCAAGUUUCGGACAUAUUGUCUGAUUAUAAUAUGACUGUCAUGGACUAUCCGCGGCAAUAUGAAGGGUGUCCUUUGCUACCUCUGGAGAUGGUCCAUCAUUUCCUGAGGUCAAGUGAGAGCUGGCUUUCAUUGGAAGGGCAACAUAAUGUGUUGCUGAUGCACUGCGAAAGAGGGGGAUGGCCUGUGCUUGCCUUCAUGCUUGCAGGUUUACUCCUCUACAGAAAACAGUACACUGGGGAACAAAAGAUUCUGGAGAUGGUUUACAAACAAGCCCCAAAGGAGCUCCUACAUCUCUUGUCUCCUUUGAACCCACAACCUUCUCAUAUGAGAUAUCUACAGUACAUAUCCAGACGAGGCAGUGGGUCAGAUUGGCUUCCACGAGAUACGCCCUUCAUCUUGGAAUGUCUAAUUCUUAGAGUCAUUCCCAUUUUUGAUGGGGACAGGGGUUGCAGGCCACUAGUGCGUAUCUAUGGUCAAGACCCUUUAACCCCGACUAAUAGAAGCUCAAAGAUUCUUUAUGCAACACCGAAGACCAAGAAGCACCUUAAGCAUCAUAAACAGGCAGAGAGCACGCCAAUAAAAAUCAAUUGUCGUUCUCGUGUUCAAGGAGAUGUGGUUCUUGAGUGCAUCCAUGUGGAUAGGGAUCUGGAGCGUGAGGAGAUGAUGUUCAGGGUCAUGUUCAACACGGCGUUUGUUCAAUCUAAUAUUCUUAUGCUGAACCGUGAUGAAAUUGAUGUUGCAUGGAAUGCCAAGGACCAGUUCCCGAAGGACUUCAAAGCUGAGGUACUCUUUUUGGACUAUGAUGCUGUUGAAUCUGAUACCACAACAGAACUUAUAGAUGAUGAUGGAAAUGAAACAGAAGGUGCCUCCACAGAGGCAGCAGAGGAGUUCUUCGAGGCAGAAGAGAUAUUUAGCAAUGCAGACUGGCAGGAUGGAAAAAGAGAUCUGGAUGCUCAUACAAUUAGAAUAAAAAGCUCAUUUGAUGAUGGGAAUCACAAAACAGAUAUUUAUUAUUUGUCCGAUGAAGCAAGAAGCAGGUCACAGACAAGGAUGGAAACAAACAACAAUGAAGAAGAUUUAAAGACUGUAGUCACUGAAAAAUUAACUACCAUAAAUGAUAGAAUAGUCAACCUAGGAACCCCAAGUAUGGCUGGUUUGGCUGAGGGCAGAUUAGAAACUGGCAAUGCCAAAUAUGAUGAGGAAGCUGGUACUGAAAAGUCAAUUUUUUUGGAUGACAUGAUUGUAGUUGAAGACAAGAGUAUGCUUGAAACCAGUGCUAUACCGCAGGAUACAAAGGCUGUUGAUAUUUCAGUGGAUGAAAAGAAAAACACAUUGGAGAUCAGCAAUAGCAAGCAGGACACAAAGGGCACUAGUACUGUUAUGAGGACUCCGGCGGAUGAUUCGAAUCAGAAGUUAGAAGCUCCAACUGUGUUAGAUGAAGCAAAUAGCAGAUCAGAAAAUAGGGAUACCAAAGCAAGUGUGGAUGAUAUUACUGGUAGAAACAAGUCUACUCUGAAUGACACGAGUCCCAGCUUAGUGACCGUCAGCAUGAUGGAUGAAAUGAGGCCCAUUUCUGAAACAUAUGAUCACAAGAGUAAUACACACAGUGAUGCUAUCAAAAAUGAGGUAAAUCCAUAUUAUGAGGGUGGAUUGGAAACUUCAGGUUUGGCAAAAAAAACAGAGACUAGAUUAGAUACUAGCAAUGCCAGUUCUGUUGAUAGGGUUCAUAAGGAAAAAUCAAUCACUUUGGACUAUACCGUUACAUAUGAAGAGAAGAAUAUAGUAGAAGUCAGCAACUUCGAGCAUGAAGUAAAGGAUAUUGUUACUCUAGCUGUUGAAGAGAAGAGUACAUCUGGAUCCUGCAAUAUCAAGAACAAUGCAGAUGGCAUACUUUGUCAGAAGACAAUUGCUUGGGAUCAUAUGGGUUGUAAGACUGAUGACUUGACCCUAGCAGAUGAAGCUAAGAGCAGAGUAGAACAAAGGGAAUCCCAACACAAUCCAGAGAACAUUAUUGUCAGGAAGAUAUCUGCCCUGUCCGAGAAGAAUAACAGGUUAGGAACACCUGAUAUAGGAAAUGAUAUAAAGUUCAAAUCAGAAACCCUUGUCUGCAGAAGGGACACAGACGAGGCUGUUAUUGAGAAAAGGUCAGAAAUGAAGGUUCUCAGUCAGAAGUCUGGAAAUGACUUGCAAAAACAGAGCACUGAAAAAUCUUUGCCUCACAUGUCAAAGAAAUCACCAACAAGCAUAAAACCACCUGAUUUAGCUUCAUCCAAACAAAAGAUUAAAAAACAAGAACAUCUGGAUCACAUAAAAUUGACAAAACCAAAGACAGUAGCUCGGUGGAUUUCUCCAAAGAAGGGCUCUGAUGCUACUACUGUUCAUAUGCCAUCUCAUCCUCCAUCUAGAUAUAACAGUUCACCUGCUGCUCUAGCCAUUUCUGCAGAUUCGAAAGAUAAUGAAGCAGUUGAAACAACAGAGUCUCCUCCAACUUCUGAUCCCACUGAUGGAACUGCAGCUUCCUUUGUCCCAUCAGUACCAUCUGCAGUGCCACCUGUUCUGCCUUCAAUACAGGAUGUUUCUGAUUCUUCCUCUGCAGCCAACCUGUCCCAACCUUCUAGUCACCAUCCACUAAUACCAUCUUCUCCGCUGCAAGCUGCCUGUGCACCGCCGCCGCCGCCACCUCCUCCUCCCCCCUUUGGUACUCCAUCACCUUCUUUUUCUGCACGUUCUUCUUUUACUCCACCACCACCUCCUCCACUACCACCUUCAAGUAUACCACAAGGCUCCCCUCCCCCUCCUCCCCCUCCUCCUCCUCCUCCACCAUCAGUGCCUCCCUCCUUUGGGAGUUCAUUUACUUUUAUGCACCCUGCUCCAACUUCAGCUUCACUGGUUAAAGCAACAUUUUUGGCCCCUCCACCUCCUCCACCCCCUCCUCCUCCUCUUGUCCACAAUGCAUUUACCUCAAAUAUUCCACCUCCCCCACCACCUCCUCCACCUUUUUCUUUUGGUGCAUCUACCAAGGGCCAA